AUGUAUGUAAAUGAAUUACCUUCUUCAGCUCAAGCCUUCCAAGAACAACUCCUUGAUGGUUUUGUCUCUAGAAAGCUGCUUAUGCACAAUCCAUUUGACCACAACACUCAACGAGCCCUUGCGGUGGCGCCAACUCCUCCUGUCACCCAUGAGAACAACCUCACUGAGACUAUGAUGAUGCUUCUCUCAGUCCUCAUAUGUGGAAUCAUCUGCUGCCUCGUGUUACAUUAUAUCAUUCGUAGCGCAUUCAGAUGCUGCUCAAGUUUCAUGAUCUCCGAGCCUACCUUUAUUCUUUCAACACCACACUGUUCAUCAAACAAAGGAAUCAAGAAGAAAGCUCUGAAGAUGUUCCCUGUCGUGAGUUACGCAGAUGAGAUGAACCUGUCUGGGAUUGGCGAAGAAUGCGUCAUCUGUUUGUCUGAUUUUGUUUGCGGUGAAAAGCUUAGAUUGCUCCCUAAGAGCAACCACGGGUUCCAUGUUCGUUGCAUUGACAAGUGGCUUCAACAACAUUUGACUUGUCCGAAAUGCAGACACUGUCUGGUUGAGACCUGCCAAAAGAUCUUAGGUGACUCUAGUCAAGCUGAUCAAGUGACAGCGACAGCAUCAACAGAAAGCGUAAUUAUCAGGAUUUCUCCUCUAGAACCUGAAGGAAAAGUAAUUACUUUUAGAGAAAGCAGCUAA